CGAGGCUACCUGCGUGGCCAGUCAAAGCUACCUGUACCUGUUCAAACCUCCUGGACCCGUGCCAAGGCAUGAUAAGGUACGCUUAUUCAUUUCACUUGCAAGAGGUGUGUCUCAGAACGAUGCCUUUACAAGAGAUUGAUAAAGUUGGGGAUGAGAGUGGUGGAGGUCAUCACUCUGAGGCCCUGGAGGAUAUCCCCAGCACUGAUUCGGGGGAAAUUAUAUUGUUGUCCCUUCCUCAAGCAAACAACACCAUCCCAUCAGAAAGUGAUGUCAGUGCCCCAAAUGAGAUGGAAGAUGGUGUAGAGAGUACUGGUAGCCUUCUAAAUGAGGAAAAUGAAGAGCAGAAGUCAACUUGGAACAGCGAAAGAUCUGGUGCUACAGAUUUCUCAAAUCAAGAUAUAUCCCAGAUAGAUGAUACAGUGCUAAAUCAGGCUGAACCAGUGACAAAUCACUUGCAAGAAGUAGCUGCUGAUCACAGUGAAGUAAAGGAGAUGGAAUGCUACAGUAGUAGUGAUGUCAUUCAGCAGAAUGAAGAAGAGGCAGAAGCAUUCACAGCUAAAAAGCCUCUGCAGCUCAGGAAUGACGAACUCUCCUUUGGUGAAACCGAGUCAGAGUCUGUUGUAGAUUUAAGUCUUAUUUCAGGAUCAGACAGUCUUUCUUCAUCAAUAAAACCUCAGAAGAUCAAGAAACGAUCAAAAAAGAUGAAAAGCAUUAAGGUUGUGAGGGAUGGAAAGGAUUCUGACUCAUCUGUGUCAUCCAAGAAGAAGGGAUAUAGUCGGAAGAUACUAGUCAAGUGCAAAUUUGCUCCUGAGGGUCUCAAGUAUAUUGAAGAUUGUUUGAGAGGACACAUAUUUUCUGGCUGGGUAGACGAACGGAAGUGGAUUGAAAAUCUAGGUAGUUAUAGAGACAUUGUGGAGGUGGAUGAGUGGGAAACUGACCUAAGCAAGCAGCUGAAUAUCAUUAUCAGGAAAAUUCCAGGUGUUCAGGAAGGUACAAAGUGGAUUAACAUAACACCACCUUCUGCAGCCCAUCCUAGUUACUGCUUAUGGGUUUUACUUGAAGAAGCACCCAUUCCUGGUCACUACUGGUUUGUCAUAACUAGUGUUGGUGUGCAGUCUCUUUUGUCUGAAUUGUCACUGGAUAAUUUAUCAGGAACCAUAGGUUAUAUGUACAGUUGUCACAUUUCCAAGCUGGUUUAA